CGCAGUGGACGCACUCACUCGCCAUGCCGACUGUCAGCGUGAAGCGGCAUCUGCUUUUCAAAGCCCUGGGCCGGACCUACACUGACGAAGAAUUUGAUGAACUAUGUUUUGAAUUUGGUCUGGAACUUGAUGAAAUUACUUCUGAGAAGGAAAUUAUAAGCAAGGAACAAGGUAAUGAAAAGGCAGAGGGGGCAUCCGAUGUUGUUCUUUACAAAAUUGACGUCCCCGCCAACAGAUACGAUCUCCUGUGUCUGGAGGGAUUGGUUCGAGGGCUGAAAGUCUUUAAAGAAAGGAUAAAGGCUCCAGUGUAUAAACGGGUAAUGCCUAGUGGAGAAAUCCAGAAACUGAUCAUCACAGAAGAGACUGCUAAAAUUCGCCCUUACGCCGUCGCAGCGGUCCUCCGCAAUAUCAAGUUCACUAAAGAUCGCUAUGACAGCUUCAUUGAGCUUCAGGAGAAGUUGCAUCAGAACAUCUGCAGGAAAAGAGCGUUGGUUGCUAUUGGUACCCACGAUUUGGACACUCUGUCAGGCCCGUUUACUUACACUGCAAAGCGACCUUCAGACAUCAAGUUCAGACCUCUGAGUAAGACAAAGGAGUAUACAGCCUGUGAAAUGAUGAACAUGUACAAGACUGACAACCACCUUAAACAUUACUUACACAUCAUUGAAAACAAACCCCUGUACCCAGUUAUCUACGACAGCAAUGGUGUCGUCCUCUCCAUGCCUCCGAUCAUCAACGGAAAUCAUUCCAAAAUAACAGUAAAUACUAGAAAUGUAUUUAUUGAAUGCACAGGAACUGACCUUACUAAGGCAAAAAUAGUUCUUGAUAUUAUUGUCACCAUGUUCAGUGAAUAUUGUGAGAAUCAAUUUACGGUUGAAGCAGCUGAGGUAGUUUAUCCUAAUGGAAAAUCAUAUACCUUUCCAGAACUGGCGUACCGAAAGGAGGUGAUGAGAGCUGACCUAAUCAACAAAAAAGUUGGAAUCAGAGAAUCUCCAGAAAACCUUGCUAAGCUUCUGACCAGGAUGUACUUAAAGUCAGAAGUCAUUGGCGAUGGGAAUCAGAUUGAGAUUGAAGUCCCUCCAACCAGAGCUGACAUCAUCCAUGCGUGUGAUAUAGUAGAAGACGCAGCCAUCGCCUACGGCUACAACAACAUUCCGAUGACUCUCCCGAAAACGUACACCAUAGCUAAUCAAUUUCCCCUUAAUAAGCUCACGGAACUGCUGAGACACGAGGUGGCAGCAGCUGGCUUCACCGAGGCCCUUACCUUUGCUCUGUGCUCCAAGGAAGAUAUUGCUGAUAAACUUGGUUUGGAUAUCUCUGCAACACAGGCAGUCCAUAUAAGUAAUCCUAAAACAGCUGAAUUUCAGGUGGCACGCACUACCCUUCUUCCUGGCCUCCUCAAGACCAUUGCAGCGAAUCGGAAGAUGCCCCUUCCUCUGAAACUGUUUGAAAUCUCUGACAUUGUAGUAAAAGAUUCUAGCAGAGACGUAGGUGCCAGAAACUACAGGCACCUUUGUGCUGUUUACUACAACAAGAAUCCUGGGUUUGAGAUCAUCCAUGGGCUACUGGACAGAAUCAUGCAGCUGCUGGGUGUGCCUCCCGGGGAGAAGAAGGGCGGCUACGCGAUCAGAGCCUCUGAAGGCCCCGCUUUCUUCCCCGGGCGAUGUGCCGAGGUCUUCGUCAGGGGUCAGAGCGUCGGGAAGCUGGGGGUCCUCCAUCCUGACGUGAUCACCGGAUUUGAGCUGAGCCUGCCCUGCUCCUCGCUGGAGAUCAACGUUGAGCCCUUUCUGUGAAGAUGGGUCUCGGCUGUGUGGUUCUCUGCCCGAGAGUCCCCUUCUCCUCCACGGGUGUCCUUCAGUUGUGCUCACGGGGAACAGCCACUGUGCACUGAUGUUGAAUAAAGCAGAGGGCACUGUCUCCUCUGUGGGUAGGCCCGCCGUGCCCUGCAUUAGGCCAGCUUGCUUGUGCAAAUACAAA